UCUCGCAAAGACAAAAAUUAGUGGGGCUGUUUACACUGCCGUACCCAAAUCGCGUUGGAUGCGCCGCUCAGUGUCCGUCGACGGGCGACAGCACCAAGUUCAAGAACAGAGGCGCCCGCAGAGCGCGAAUAUUUUAUUUCAAACUUGAUUUUUCUUUUUCUUUCGAUUCUUUUGUUUCAAGUGCCAACAUGUGGAAGUAUAUUUUCCUUUUAGUGUGUGCUGCCGCUUUCACUUAUUCUGAGAAUGAAGUGUCGCGCGAUGGUCGAGGAGUGUUCACGAAAAACUUCUUUGGCGGAGUGUGGGGCAACCGUCCACCCCUCAUGGAGGUCAACCAGCCUAGAGCCAUCUGCACUUGCAAAUGUGGAGAACGGAAUGAGGCAGGCCGCAUCGUGGGCGGCAGGGAAGCUGGCGAGUUUCCCUGGAUGGCCAAGCUCACGUACAUCAAGAGGUUCUACUGCGGGGGCAUGCUCAUCAAUGACCGUUACGUGCUCACCGCUGCUCAUUGCGUUAAGGGCUUCAUGUGGUUCAUGAUAAAGGUGACAUUUGGUGAGCACGACCGCUGCAACGCUACGACGCGGCCUGAGACUCGCUUCGUGCUGCGCGCCAUCGUGAACAAGUUCAGCCUCACCAACUUCGACAACGACAUCGCCCUGCUGCGGCUCAACGAGCGUGUUCCUCUGUCGGAAGCCAUCAAGCCUAUCUGCUUGCCUACUAACGAUAAGGAGCUCUACGUCGGAGUGAAAGCCGUCGCCACCGGCUGGGGUACCCUGACGGAGGAAGGCAAGGUGUCGUGUACCCUGCAGGAGGUGGAGUUACCCGUGAUAAGCAACCAGGACUGCCGCAAGACCAAGUACACCGCGUCUAUGAUCACCGAUAACAUGCUGUGUGCCGGGUACCCGGCUACUGGACAGAAGGAUUCUUGCCAGGGUGACAGCGGUGGACCACUUAUCACGGAGAAGACGACCGCGUUGCAAGAGAAACGCUACGAGUUGAUUGGUGUGGUGUCAUGGGGCAACGGUUGCGCGCGCGCGGGUUACCCGGGCGUGUACACGCGUGUCACCAACUAUCUUGGAUGGAUUCGCGAAAACACGAAGGACGCGUGCUACUGCUCCGAUUAGUCAUAAAUCCAAAA